AUGCCUCUCGAAGCGGUGAUGGUUGUCGUCGACAACAGCGAGAGCAGUCGAAACGGCGAUUACACACCCAACCGCUUCGAUGCCCAGGCCGACGCCGUCGGCAUCAUCUUCCAGAGCAUCAUCAGCGGCAACCCAGAGUCAGCAGUCGGCCUGAUGAGCAUGGGUGGCAAGGGCCCCGAGGUGCUCGUGACCCUGACGACAGACCAAGGCAAGAUCCUCGAGGGCCUGCACCGGACGAGGAAGAUGAUCCGGGGCUCGUCGCACCUGGCCACUAGCAUCCAAGUCGCCAAUCUCGCUCUGAAGCACCGACAGAACAAGACGCAGCGCACCCGGAUAAUCGUCUUUGUGUGCUCGCCCGUCACCGAAGACGAGAAGUCGCUCGUCUCCCUCGCCGGCAAGCUCAAGAAGAACAACGUCUCGGUCGACUUUGUCCUCUUUGGCGACCUCGACGACGAGACCGAGUCCAAGCUCCGCGCGUUCAACGACAAGGUCAAGGGUGGCGAGGGUAGCAACCUGGUCAUCAUCCCCCCGAGCGGCAAGCUUCUCAGCGACCAGCUCAUCUCCACCCCGAUCCUGAUGGGCGAGGGUGCCGCGGCAUCUGGAGGUAUGGGCGGCGGCAUGGGAGGUGGCGGCGGCGGCGGCGACUUUGGCGAGUUCGACUUUGACCCGUCUGUCGACCCCGAGCUGGCGCUGGCGCUGAGGAUGUCCAUGGAGGAGGAGAAGGCGAGGCAAGAGAAGAAGGCCAAGGAGGAUGCGGAAGCGGCCGGCAAGUCUGGCCUGGAGUCUGUCAAGGAGGACGACGAGUCGACUGCGCUGCUCGAUAAGGACGGACAGCCCAGCGGCAGCGGUUCCAAGGAUAAGAAGGACGAUGCCGACAGGAUGGAUACGUCGUAG